AUGGCUCUCACGGACAUGGCUCGCAUCAAGGUGUGGCCUGGCAUCGACUCCGCCAUAUCUGAAGACCAGGGCGGCGGUGGUUUUGGAACAAUCUCCAACAUCACCUUUAACAAGAUGUAUGCUAACAACGUGGAUUGGGCGAUCGAAGUCACUCAGUGCUAUAGACAGAAGAACCCGACUCUUUGCAACGAAUAUCCGGUAUGGCUCUACUUUUGA